GGCUGUAUGCCUCUCUCCUAAAAUUUUGCUGUCAUGCCUGAUAUCGAUUGUCUGUGAUUUUCUUGUGAUUCUAGAAGUGAAUGAAAGUUUUCUUCUCGGAAAAAUUGCGUCUUGACACAACCGCAUACAAUGUAAAAGUAAACUAAAAUGGAAAAUGUGAAUUGACUGCAUGAUCGUUGAUUGUCGCUGUAAAAAAUAAAUUCGGAUUUCUAACAAAAAAAACAUAAACAAAAGCAACAUUGAACGAUUAGACACUGUGUUGAAAAUGACGUUUGUGAAAGAUCCUUGCGGUAUAAUUUGUGUGUUUGUAACGUAUCUGUCCAUCUUUUAUGCAGAUUAUGUCGUCACGCGUUGGAUCAUCAUGUCUACCAUGCAAAACAGUAUCUGGGGACCCAUACAUGUCGUUACAUUCAAUACUGUGGUGUUUAUGCUGACCAUGGCCCAUUUGAAGGCGGUUUUAUCGGAUCCGGGUAAGGUUCCAUUACCGCAAAUCCGCUUGGACUUCUCCGAUUUACAUUCGAUGGAAACUAGUAAAAAAACGGAUAUGGAACGCGAGGAAUGGACUGUCUGCACCAGAUGUGAAACAUAUCGACCACCGAGAGCUCACCAUUGCCGUAUUUGUAAGCGAUGCAUUCGCAAACUGGAUCACCAUUGUCCCUGGAUCAACAACUGUGUCGGCGAGCGCAACCAAAAGUAUUUCCUGCAAUUUCUAGUCUACGUUGGCAUACUGGCUAUAUAUUCGGUGGCGCUAGUGGUCGGCUCAUGGAUAUAUCCGUGCGAUACGUGCUCUCCCGAUUUACCGGAAUCACAGACAAGAAUGCUUCACAGUGUACUCCUUCUAUUGGAAUCGGGUCUAUUCGGAUUAUUUGUCAUUGCCAUAAUGGUCGAUCAAAUGCAUGCCAUACUGUACGAUGAAACUGCAAUCGAGGCAUUACAACUGAAAGGAUAUCGACAUCAGUACCGGCCGAAAUUAAUGUUGCUAAAAGAUGUGUGUGGCGCACAGCCAGCCUUAUGGUUACUACCAUGUUCCAGUAUCGGUAACAAGAAAUACGACUAUGACAUGCCUCUGCUGACCCAUGAUGUUUAGACACGUGUUUUUUCUCUUCUUCGUUGGAUCGGAAUGCAGGUUUUGUUUACAGGCUGUAAAUAUUUUUGUUGUUAAUUUAUUUCUUUAAGACUUUUUGAGUUGUUCGCUUUGGUUAUACAUGCUAGCUUUAAUAUACUAUUAUGAGUAAUUCCUUAACAGUUUUGUAGGCGAAUUUCCAACGAUAUCAUCGUUACUAUUACAAAAUUAUAUUUAUACAACAAGCACCACACCACAAAUAUCUUGCUAAUAUUUUUCACGAAAAAAAUCAUUUAUUUUUUCACACAAAACAUCCACAUUAAGCAGAACAAUUUACGUGCUUGUGAUGCGGAGAUUUUUGGCUCCUCUAUAGACCUCUAUAGACAUGAGGUCAAACCAGGUAUUCUCUAUCAGCUCGAACACAAUCUUAAAAGUUUCGUAGAGCAUUUUGAGCUUGUCAUUACUUAGAAACUUAUUGUUUUUAUGUCAUUUGACUGUAUGUAUUGACCAUAACUUCCAUCAUUCGUACAUGCCAUUAGCGAAAAUAAGCCAGAAGAAGACAAAAAUGACGUCCGAAAAACUCCGAUAACAAACUUUCAACGUAUCACCACGACCACAUAACUUUAAAAUCUUUUACUUCUUUUGUUUAACGUUUGGUGUUUCAUGCGGAAUCACUUAGUUCAUUAUUUCUAUCUUUGAAUUAAAACCUGAUUCGACCUGUCCAACCUGACCCGAUCAGGUUAUUUGAUUUUUAUUUUCAAUUUUACAUCGGAAAAAAUGUCAAUUUUGACUCAGGUGCCUGAACUUUUAAACUCAGGUUCAGGUCAGGUCAAAUCUGACUUGUUCCGACUGUAAUUUUCAAUAUCCUUGCAUAUUGUCAUAGAAAAGAAUUUUUACAGCAAGAACUGGUCGUUUGGUUACGAGCGGAAGAUAUUUGUAAAUUUCGUUGACAAAGAAUUCAAAAAAAAAAUUCUCUGAGGUUUUUCGAGGAUUUUUUACUGAUUCUCGAGAU